CUGCUCUACUUCUCCAUAAUCAUAUCUGUGUAUGUAUGUAUGUAUAUGUAUAUCAUUGGUCGAGAACAGGAGUGGACUGACAACUCAUGGGGCCCCCGGGCAAUAGGGGAUCAUGGGGCCCCUGUGUCCUUGGCCAAACUCAAAAAAGCCUAUGAAAAAGGUACCAGGGGCAUCUCAUGGGGCCCCCUACUGACCCUGGGCCCUCGGGCAGUGCCUGAGUUUCCAAAUGGUCAGUCCACUCCU